UCAUUCAUGCUGAGAGUAACAAAUACACCGACGCUUCGACAGAUUUUUUACCCUUGUCUUUUGUUCCAGCGAAGUUAGCUGCUUCCAGCUUCCCUACCAUUAUGUUAACAUUUAAUUAUUCGUUUUUAAUUUUAACUUUCGGAUCUGUAAUUGAGUUUUUUUCCUUCUGAAAAUUUUAUUUAAUGUAUUAUUGAAGUUCAUGUUUUCUUUCUUUUCAUUACAUAUUUAAAGUGUUUUCAGUAUACGUUUCUAUUAAAAGCUAUUAAUAUUAUUAUUAUUAUUGCUAUUAGCAAAAGCGAUUAAUGCUGAGAAUUUAAAAUGAAUAUUGUUUCUUUUCUCUUUUUCAAACGUCAUGCAUUUAGGAGUAUAUCAUUAAUUAUGUACUACUUUGCUUUUAAGAUGUCUGGGUGUGAACUAAGGGAAAUUUGGCUGCUAUUGCUACCGUUUCGAGUGACUAGUUAGCAGGUUUUUUUAAUUUAUUUAUUCGUCAACAUUAACGUUGUUGUUUAGCUUUAGGUUAGUUCUUCUCGAGCAAAGCUUAUAAUCGAAGCCGUUCCAUCCGCGACUAUCUUGUAUUUUUGCAAAUCUGUGACUACAUUGUCCAGAGUGUUCUUCCUUGUUUUUUUUUUAAGACGGUGGGUGUGACUUGAGAGGCAUUCAGCUGUUAUUUCUAGUAAUUUAAGCGACCAUGUUUAGAGGCUCCCUCAUUGCUCCAGCCAGUGGUUCUAUCUGACAUCAUUUCUUCACGGCAAAAAAUUUAUCCCACUGUUUGUACUCCUCCCUCAUUGGCUUGUCAAUUUUAUUUUGUAGCUCGCGCUGUAGAACAAUUGAAACGACAAGUAUCCCUCGCGUUACGAAAUUCUGCCCUUGUGUAAAUUGUAUAUCACAAUCAGUCAUAAUUUUACAAUACUGCCUGUAAUUCUUCCCUUAGUAAAACUGUAGUAAAUCUUAAAGACUUUAAAAACUAAAAUCACGAUAUUAUUAUUUUUGUGAUGCUUUGUCAUAUACAAACUGUCCCAGGUUUCACCUAGAGUCCUCAAAUAACAAAGUUUGACGUUUUAUUGUGGAUAUUAUGAUUAGUAAUGAUACCGUGUAUGUAAAUGAGGGCAGUAUCUGAGAACUAUGAUUCUGUUAAAUUUGUUAUAUCUCAGUUCUGAUAGAGUUUUAAGAGAAUCGGGUAUUUUCAGAUUGACUGUUUUUCUUAGGAUGUAGACAGUUCCCAUGAGAAUUUCUUUGUUGUUUUGAUACCUUGGGGUUUUCUGAUAUUUGGCCAUAGUUUUGAGAGCAUCUUUUGGUAUUUUCCUCAAAGCUCCAAUGAUUACAACAGUUGUUGUUCUUAGAUGUCACAUUUUCGAGACUUCUAUUUUAAAGUCCUUAUAUUGACUUAAUUUCUCAAAUAAAUUUACAGGAGUGGCUGUAUGGUAAUUUUACAGAAUAGGCACAGGAGUGGCUGUGUAGUAAGUAGCUUGCUUACCAACCACAUGGUUCCGGGUUAAUUCCCACUGCGUGGCACCUUGGGCAAGUGUCUUCUACUAUAGCCUCAGGCCGACCAAAGCCUUGUGAGUGGAUUUGGUAGACGGAAACUGAAAGAAACCCGUCGUAUAUAUAUAUAUAUAUAUGUAGGUGUCUGUUUUUCCCCCCAACAUCACUUGAAAACCGAUGGUGGUGUGUUUAUGUCCCCGUAACUAGCGGUUCGGCAAGAGAGACCGAUAGAAUAAGUACUAGACUUACAAAGAAUAAGUUCUGGGGUCGAUUUGUUUGACUAAAGGCGGUGCUCCAGCAUGGUUGCAGUCAAAUGACUGAAACAAGUAAAAGAAAGAGAGAAAUAGAAUUGUUGCAAUCUGCUGGGAUUGACAUAUCUUUGAGCAGACAUGCUUUGUCAACAUUAUAUGUUACCACAAUGUCUGGUCUAUCGGCCUAUAUAGCACAAUCAGUUUGAAUACUAAAGUCCCAAAGAAUGGUGAUAAUCUUUAUUUUCUCUUAUUUUGGCAGGCUUAUUUCCCCAGCAAUUCUUCUCAUACGGCAUAUUAACCAGUGCAUAUACUGGCCAAAUCUCUCUUGGUGAAUAAUGUAUUCAUUUGAGGUUAACAUAGGGUAACCAGAAAUGGAGCAGUCAAUUGUUUCCCUGGUUCCACCACAGGAGUGGCAGCAGGGUCUGCACCAUUUUCAAGAAUGCUUGUUUGGUAGCUUCUUGUGGGCAGACAUUGAUCUUGAGUUGCUAUAAUGAAUCCCUCUGUUUCUAAUUUACUUCCAGAUGCAGCCUACUAUUGAUGGGCCAUAUUUGUACCCAAAUCUGGAUCGCUGCCCCUUGUUGAGUAUUUGCCAUGCAAUACUUUACUUUUCUAUGUACUUUGUAGCAUUGAGAUUUCAUUUGAUUUGACCUGUGUUUUUAUCUGUUUUGCUAUCACAGAGGGUUCAUUUGUUUUAUGUAGUCGUGACUCAGUUUGGUUGAUUCUCAAUUCCAGCACAUACUUCUAUGCUUCUGAUACUGAGUGCAUUUUUUGGAAUGUUCAUACUUGCAGACAAGUUUAAGCAUCCAGUCAUUGGUGUUCUUUGGAUUGGCACCUACCCCUAUGAUUGCUGUCUUUAGAGACAGUUGCAGCUCUAUUUGUCCACAUCCUCCACCCUGUCAGGACAUACAGUCUACCUGCAUUUACCUUUGGGUGAUGCAUGUGGUGCAUUGUGAGUAGUUUGCAUAUUUUUGUAUGGAUUUUACUGCUGGACGAUUUUAGGAUGUUAAAGUUGUAGGUACAACAGUUAUUAUGGCUGAGGUGUUGAUUGUGUCAGUCCUGUUUCUUAUUUCAGGCUCACUCUUUAGGAUGGCUCCUAAUUCUAUUGCAACAUUCUUUUCAAAUACUUUUGCACAUUUGUGAGCGUUGGAUACUAUCUCCUUCACUUACACCUAAGUAUUAUUAUUAUGGUUGUGUUGUAAGCAGCUCGUUUCCCAGUCACAUUGUUCUGGAUUCAGUCCUACUGUGUGGUAACUUCGUGAUAAUGACUGAUGUGAAGGAAUUUCAUGGUGCAAUGUUGGCUCAAGCUCACAGAAUUCACUAGGAUCAUAUGCAGUUUAGAAUUUCAAGCCAACACCUUCUUGAUUACUAGCCACCUGUGCAUGGAAGAGAUGAAGUCCCAGCUAAACAUUGUUAAAAUAAAACCAUUUACCGAAUGAAACAGCUAAAAAAAAUACUAAAAAUAAAUAAAUAAAACAGAAAAACCGAGAGAGUGGGUGAGAGAGAGAGAGAGAGAGAGAGGUAAAAAGAAAGAAAGAAAUCUGAACACAAAGAAAAGCUAACUGUGCAGUCACUGUCGAUUGUCAAAGAAAUUGGAGUUAUCUCCCAUAUUUCCAACCGAGGGAAGACUAUGUUCCGUUUGAUGUGGUAUGUCCCCAAGCAUCCAUGCAAGCUGAUCCCUCCCAUCAUGUGAACUGUAAUGUUGACAAAGUCUCUCAAGACUACUUUAUAUCCCUACCUUUGGUGCCUCUCUGUUUGCAGUGAACAACCAGUAUAAUUUCAGCAACAAUGGCUCAAAUGGAAACUGCAUUCCCAGAUGCCAAACUUCCUGUUCCAAGUUAUGUCAUGGAGAGCUCUUCAAACCAUCCAUGUCACCGCCUCAGUAUUCCUGCAGCUAGGUUAUUCUGGUGUCGUCAUUGCAUGCAGAUAUUUGAAGAUCCAAUCACUCGGUGGCGGCACAGCAAAACUUGUCUUAAUUCUUCGUCUCGCAACGUUAAGAAAGACAGAGAUGGACGCACAAUGCAAGUAUUUGUCAAUGCUGACAAUUUAUCACACCGCCAACGUGAGGAGAACAAAUUAAAAUCAGUUAGCCGUGGUGUUGGCACAGGUAAAUCUCCAAAUGCAGACUUACGGUGUCGAAUAUGCAAGAAAACUUUUCUGUCAAUUGAAGAAAUGCGUACACAUGUGCGAACUCCAUGCCGUAAACGCCCAUCUAUGGGUAUUGCUAAACACAAAUACACAGCAAGGCAUAAAGACAUGUGUGCUCCUAUUCAAAUUCCAGAUUCAACAUCUGAAAUUAUUUACAUUAAAGAUGGUCACCAAACUGUAUUCUCAUUGGAGUCUCAGUCUUCUCAGCCUGAAGGUAUAAAAACAGAACCUAUUGAACCCCAACCAUCAAAUUUUAAAGAGAAUGCAUUUCAAUAUGGUUCUUGUGGAGAAGAAAAUGUGAUUAUCAUUCCAGAUACAUUUGAUAAUACUAGCAAUCUUAACACUAUCGAACAGACUGUUGAGAUUACUGCUGUUGAAAUGGUUCCGCCUGUUGUUUCCAAAGGUGAAGAUAUUAUGAAGCAAUGUUGUAAGUGUAAAGAAAACAAAGAGAACAAUGUUCGCAAACGGAAACGUGUUAUACCAAAAGAGAUUGAAGAACGACCUAAUCUCAAGACCAAUGUCACAAGUUCUCCCAAAGGGGAUCAACAGAUCUCACCAGCACCACUGCCGUCAGUUACUGAAACACCACCCAAAGAUGUCCCCGAUGAUGUUGAAUCCUCUAUGGUGAAAAUUGCCAAGGUGAUGAAAGAUUUGGAGGACCUACUUCUUAAACAACCUACCACGGAAAAUGAAAUUGAUGAGAAGAUUGAAGAGUUUCCUUCUGAUGAUUCAAAAGGUUUGGUAACUGACAACCUUCCGAAUGAUGUCAUCACUCAGUUGUGUGAAGAUGCUCCCGAAAAAGUUGAAAUACCACCUGACAAAGAUGUUUCCUCUGAUGAAAAUACCGAAUCCUGUCUAAAAGAUCUCCUCUUCACAUCUGUCAAAAUGAAAAACCAAGUUAAGUUGUCUCCCAAGAAUGUAAAAAGCAUCAACCUGUCAGCUGUGUCCCCACAGAAAACAAGCAAUAGUAACAGCAAGUGUACCGUUCGGAACGAUCUGAACAAGUCUAGACUCUCACCUGUCCCACAAGAUAACCUUUGUUUGGACUUGUUCAUGCCCGUCAAUGCAUGCUCGGUGACACUUCCUGACCCUCUGCUUGACAUAAAGAACGGGAUGCCUGCAGAGGUAUUACUUGAUGAAACCACCAGCACAAAACCACCAGUUGCAGCUGCAUUACUUGAAAGUAUUCCAUCACGGGAUUCAGCUGAGUUGAAAGAGGAAAACAAACUGCCAUCAUAUAUUUUUGAAGGAGACUUUCUUCCAUUACAGGAGCAUUCUGAUGUUCUUUUUGAAGAAUCUACUAUUGAUGAAAAACAAAGCUCUGAAGAAAGUAUCAUUCAGCCUGUUGAAGAAGUGGCUGAAGUAAAAGACUGUUUAUCAUCCUCUGCUGUUAUGGUUGCUACUGAGAAUGAACAGCCCCUUGAAAAGGUUUAUCAGGAUAAGGCAUUGGUAUCUACCGUUUCAGAACCAUUAAUAAAAGAAUCAUCAGUUUCUGAAAUGAUCAGCUCUGAAAUACCAGUAGAGGAGAUUCAAACAAUUCCCAAUGAGGCUCAAGUUACAUCAUUUGACUCUGCUUCAGACAAAAUGACUGAAGAUGAUAUAUCUAAGGUGAAAGAACAUAAAGAGGUAGUUCAGCAGUCAGAUCUUCACCUGCAAGAUCAACAGUCAGAUCCUCAUGUGGAAGAUCAACAGCCUGAUGAUGUUCAGCUGAAAGAUCAACAGCCUGAUGAUGUUCAGCUGAAAGAUCAACAGCCUGAUGAUGUUCAGCUGAAAGAUCAACAGCCUGAUGAUGUUCAGCUGAAAGAUCAACAGCCUGAUGAUGUUCAGCUGAAAGAUCAACAGCCUGAUGAUGUUCAGCUGAAAGAUCAACAGCCUGAUGAUGUUCAGCUGAAAGAUCAACAGCCUGAUGAUGUUCAGCUGAAAGAUCAACAACCAGAACUUCAGAUGGAAGAGCCUCAAGCAAAAGAGAAUCAGGCAAAAGGGUAUCAAGUGAGAGAGCAGCCAGAAGAACAUCAAAUGGAAGAAAGUAAGGUGGAGGAAUGUAAAAUGGAAGAACAUAUGGUGGAAAAGCCAUAUAUAAAAUACCAUCAUAAAGAACUUCAUCAGAUUGAAGAGGUGGAUGAAAUACCUGACAGGGAAGAGGAAUUAGAGUUUCAAGAGGAAGAGUCAUCUCUGCAAAAAGAAGGGAAACAUUUUAGUGGGAAACAUGAAAGAGAAACAAAACUGCAAAAGUCUCCAAAGUUAUACAAGUGUAAAGCUUGCGGUAACACAUUUAAAACAGCCCCAGCACUGCAGAAACAUUCUCGUGUCCCCUGUAAAGUGAAGCAUACUCGCAGUUUGUGUCAGAAAAUUCUACGUCCAAAGCGACCAUGUGCUAAAAUUGAAAAGAAACCUGUGAAAAAGAAAGUAGUGAAACCACCUAAACGUCCAAAGCUUAUGGUUCCUAUUGUUCCUAUAACACGACCAGAAGUAGCGCGUCCAGCCACACCAAAAAGGCCACGUCGUUUCUCCAGACGCAAACGAAGAAAAUCUUCUUUUAUUGAUGAACAAAAACGUAUUCUACCUUUUGUCAAUGUACUUAUGUCAGAACUUUCUGUUAAAGAUCUCUUUUUUUACAAGUUGGGCUUAAUUAAUAACUCUUGCAAACCCACCACCUCUACACCUGAAAUAAUGUCAGAGACACUAUCAAUAUGUAAACUGGGGAAAGACAAGUCUUUGAUUGUUCGUAGAACUUCUGCUGAUCUUCCUCCAUUUGAUAACAACCUAGAAAUGACGAAUUCCUCAGUACACUCUGUUGACUCUGCAUUAAUUAGUGGUGUUUUUAAUGACUGUUCUCUUCCAGAAGGAAAAAGAAUACCUGCUGUUGAUAACAGUUAUAUGCCAGUACUUGAAUCAACGACUUCUGCAACUGUUGAAGAUUACUUUGAACUUGAAAGUCAUCAAAGCCAAGGUCAUUCAAAAAACGAUAUAGAAGUUGCAGCAGCCUCGUCUGUUGAGAUCUCUGUACCUCAAGCUAACAAAAAAACAAGUAAAAGUGAUAGUAAUUGCCAGAAUCAGCCUUCUGUGCUUUGUAAAGAAGAAAAUAUAUCAUUGAAGAAAGACAGUGAUUUAUCUUCAGUUACCUGUGAUCUUAAAGAUUCUUUCACCACAGAUGAUAAAAAUAAGACCUGCACUGACUCUGACCAGUCUGAACCAGAAUCUCUUCCUGUUUUCCAUACUUCAGAUUCAGUAAAAUUACUGAGAAAGAAACUCCAACAAGAAUGCAGCAACCCUAUUUCUAUCGUAGCUCAAGGUUCAAGGAAUCAACAUUUAUCUACAGAGGAAUUGCGCAAACCUCCAACUUUAGAUUCUUCCAGUGAUGAUGCAAAGAGUAAAACCAAAAAACAUACGGUUUUCGAAGGAGAUCAAUAUCUGACUCAAAAAUCUGAACAACAGACGACAAUAGAGAAAAUUGAUAAUUCUUCUGUUAAUGAUAGCAAAAAAAGAACUCAGACAGGAAAAGAACCUUCAAAUUCGUCUGCUGUUUCAUCAGAUAUUUCACCACUUGUCUCAAAUGAAACUAUUGCUCAGUCUAAUUCUUUAGCAAACCAGUCUCGAAAUUUUUCUUUGUCAAACUCUUUGUCUCUAUUGGUGUCUCGUCUUAAAGAUGCAACAGGCAUAACCCCUGCCACUGACAACAAUAGUGUUUUCCAUAGUAAAUCUGAUUUAGAUUCUGAAAAUAAAUCUUCAGAUGUAAAUUCUGAAAAAGAGUCUUCCACUUCACUACCUCCUUCUGACAUUGUUGAUAAAAAUGUUAGAACUGAAUGGCUUGGUGUAUGCUUGCCCAGCCAAAUGUCUCCCAACAUGCCAGCUGCUGAUUCUCCAACAAGUGACAAACACUUGGAUUCUGAACAUUUAGUUGAUAAACACAAGCCAUCAAAUGAUGUCAGUGUUUCACUAUGCAGUACUCAACCUCUUCAUAUAGAGACUUCCAACUCAUUAUCUAAGAAGCUAGAUGUUAGCCACUCUGCAAAGCAACGUCAUUUUAGCGACAUCUUUGGCAAUGAAAAAUCUUCUUUAGUUGAAAAAGAUAAUUCUAAUGAUCAACACUGUCAGAUAUCUCCAUCAAAAGAAAGAUCUAAGCGCCAUUUUACUGACUUCUUGAGUUCACUCAGUGAAAAUUCUGUCAACAAUGCACAGCAUCCAGAGCCUACUCAUUUGCCAGAAUGUACUUUAUCCGGGAGAGAUAAUAUUUCAAAGACUUGUGGAAAUUCUUCAUCAAAUCAAAUCGCCAAGAGAUCUGACACUGAUCCCUGUGUUUCCUGCCAACAUGCUGCUGAUACUGCCCAGAAUGUUAAUCAGACUUGCCAUAAUGCUAGAGCUGUUCCUGAAGAGGCUAAAAACCCUAUGGUGGAUGUAAAUAAAAGCCCUCAAAUUUCUCCUGUCAAAAAACGCACACACUGUUAUUGCGGUUCAGCUGUUACUAGUGUUAGUAUUGAACCACCCAAUGCCAUGCACAGAUCUCAAUGUCCAUGCCAUCAACAUCAGGUAUCUAAUCCAUUAGAGCCUAGCUCUGCUGAUGCUGAAUCCAUUUCAAAGGGCUGUCUUCAUACUGAUAAUGUCAGCGAUUCAGUCAUUUCUUCCUUUGAUGCUUGCGCUCAGGGUUGUCCCUUGAAAAUUCAAGACAAUACGCUUCUUCCUGAUAACACUCGUGCAGCUGCUCAUGUCUUAUCUCUCAGACAUCGGGUGUCAGACUUUGUUUCUAUACCUUCUAGUUCUGUGCAUAUGAACAUGGCCUGGUCCACUAAUGUGUGUCGAGCUGCCUUGUCUGUAGACUCUUCAGGAGAUCCUUGUGCAUUUCCCAAACAAACUACUUUAUGUGUCCCUUUGAAUUCGUCUACAAAAACCGGUGGUGGGACAGAAUCUCCUUUGCAGAAUUCUUCGUUGCAACAUCAUCAUUUUCGUCAUCAUCAUCAUCACCACUCAUGUACACCCACUACUUCUCCUACCUCUUCCACAUCAUCUUCAUCAACAUCAACAUCAUCAUCAUCAUCGUUGUCUAGCUGUGUAACAUCUGUAUCAUCAUCUACUGCUACUAUUUGUAGCACUACUACUACUUCUUCUAGCACUGCUACUAGUAGUAAAGAUGUCCAUAAACCAAAUAUUACUUUAAACGCGGAUUCCAUUACAGAGGUCCCUGAUAAAAAGUUAACACCAACAUUGUGUGUUGCUGCAAGGAACAGUACUGGACACAGCAACGACUGCUGCUCCACUGCUACUAAUGCACUUACAAUAGUUGUAGAGAAUACUGAUAGCAGUACCACUGCUUCCAACACCAACGAUGUUGCAGUAACUGCGUCUUGUUCUGAAUCUUCAUCUAGUGACACACAAACUAAAUGUAACUGUUCAGGGAAGUUUUGCCUUCCGAGGCAGAAAUUAAAAGGCGCCCUCUGUUUGGGUAACAACGAAGACAAACUGUCAGUGUUUUGUAAUUGUACUAGUAAUAAUAGUAGCAGUAGUAUUAACAAUAAUAAUAAUAAUAAUAACUUACAUCAACAUCACCUACACCAUCAUCACAAUCACCAUCAUAACUGCAAUAGUAACACAGCUAGUAGCUUUUUAAAUGCAAAGGGGCCACUAAUUCCUGAGUCUGUGGCGUGUCUCUGUAGUAAAAGGUUAGAGACUCGGUCAGCUGUUCUUAAAGGAGAAUCAAAUGUAAUGUCCUGUAAAAAUCCAUUCCAAUCUCGAGUUAUACCAUCUUCAGUUAUCUGUGUUAAGCGAUCCCUUAAUCCAAGAAUAUCAGUCGCUACACAGACUGAAUCCAGCUUCUUGAAGGAAGUUAAGGUUGUUCCGGCUGUCUCAUCGACAAGUGAAACAACAAAGACUUGUGAUAGUAUCAAGGUAACUACUGACCCCAGCCGUUCCUCUUCCCUUCAGACUUGUCCAAAGCAAAUUCCUGAACCAUCCUCUUUGGAGCAGCAGCUGACUUCUGAAGAAGUUGUCCAAGAAGAGAUUCUCCUUGAUGCAAAUACACUUCCUGUUGUGGGAGAGACAUUGAUAAAUAAUCAACUUCCUGCAACUGGGAGCGAAGAAAUCCAAUACGACACUGAACGUAAAGACAGUCCAGUUUCAAAUUCAUUAAUAUGCGCGUCUGACUCGACUCAGCUUACUUGCUCAGGCAAGGCUUCAAACAGUGUGGGUAGUUCUCCCACUAACAUCUCUACUUCCAUUGGGGCCACUGAAUUAAUGGCAGUAAGUAGCGUUGGUUCCGAGUCCAAUGUGUAUGUUCAGUAUGUCGGCGAGUUUGAUCCCUCACUGCUGCCUGAGGAAGUUACAUUUGUGAUCAUACAAGGCGAUUCAGGGGAAGGUGUGCCAGUGGCUGAUGGGCAGAGCUUAAUUAUUGAAGGGUCUGGAUUCGAAGAACCCACUGAUGGCACGUCUGUUCCUCUGCAAGCUAACAUACCAGUUGCUUAUGCUCUGCAGCAGCGAGAGGAUAUUGCAGGAGAUUCUGAAUGUAUUGUAUCAGAAAUGUAGCUAGCUCCAUUAAGGAUUAUCUAGCAAAAUCAAGGUAAAAAGAAAAAAAGAAAAAAAAAAGAAAAUGAAAUGUCUCUCACUGUCUCCCAUCUCCCAUAAAAAAUGGCAAUCAUUACAUUCUUUUCUGCUAAUUUUUAAUAAAUUGAAAUUUUUAAAAAUUUA